GGGGUAAGUGACCACAUAAACUGAUAGCGAAUGGGGUACAAAGCGGCUGCUAAAGAGACAUAAUUUCUGUCACUGCGAGGGACUUGUUCUCCGGGUGACACAACAGGAAUCCCUUAAUAUGAGUGAUGAUAAACCUUUCCAAUGUACUGCUCCUGGGUGUGGACAGAGAUUUACAAAUGAGGAUCACUUGGCUGUCCACAAACACAAACAUGAGAUGACACUGAAGUUUGGCCCAGCAAGGACUGACAGUGUCAUCAUUGCUGACCAAACGCCUACGCCUACCCGCUUUUUGAAGAACUGUGAGGAGGUGGGACUCUUCAAUGAACUUGCAAGUCCGUUUGACCACGACUUUAAAAAGGCAACUGAAGAUGACAUUAAAAAGUUACCUUUGGAUUUGUCACCUCUUGCAACGCCUAUCAUACGCAACAAAAUUGAGGAACCCACACCUAUGGAGGCGCAUCGAGACAGCCCUCUGCCUCACCCCGAAUCUACUACGAAUGAUGACAAGGACUUAUCUUUGCAGCCAGCCUCACUGCCAACAUCCACUAUAGUCCAUCCUGCAUCCCUCCAAGUUCCCAAUGUACUUCUAGCAACCUCAGAGGCUAAUGUUGUAAUACAGCAAGCUCUCCCAUCACCAACAUCUAGCUCUGUUAUUACCCAAGUCCCAUCCACUAAUAGGCCUAUAGUCCCGGUGUCUGGCACCUUCCCCGUGCUCUUACAGCUGCCUAACGGCCAGACCAUGCCAGUCGCUAUACCUGCAUCUAUUACAAGCUCAAGUGUACAUAUUCCAACUGCAAUCCCUCUUGUCAGACCUGUCACCGUAGUGCCUAAUGUCCCCGGGAUCCCAGGACCUCCCUCGCCGCAGCCGCAGCCGCAGCCGCAGCCGCAGCCGCAGCCACAGCCCGUCCAAUCAGAAGCAAAGCUGAAACUGAAAGCCACAUUAAGCCAGCAGCUUCCUCAGGUAACCAAUGGAGAUGGUGGAGAAGUCCAGAGCAGUGCUGUAACCCACACCGCCGCUCCCGCUUCUCCUGCUCCGCCUCCGACUCCAACUCCAGCCCCGCCCACGGUCCUAAGUCCUGCUCCGACUCCACACCUGCCCACGACUGAGGAACCUUCUCCCCAUUCCCUUCAGCAGCCAGCCACCUCCACCACAGAGACACCUGCUUCCCCAGUGCCCCCUGCGCAAAACCCUCCAAGCACAGGGGGUCGGCGGCGCAGAACCACAAGCGAAGACCCCGACGAGAAGCGACGCAAGUUCCUAGAGCGUAACCGGGCUGCAGCCUCUCGCUGUAGGCAGAAGAGGAAAGUGUGGGUCCAGUCUCUGGAAAAGAAGUCUGAGGACCUCAGCUCCAUGAACGGACAACUACAGAGUGAAGUCACCCUGCUGAGAAACGAAGUGGCUCAGCUGAAGCAGCUUCUUCUGGCUCAUAAAGAUUGCCCUGUAACCGCCAUGCAGAAGAAAUCUGGCUAUCACAUCUCUGAUAAAGACGAGAGCUGCGAGGAGAUGUCAGUCCCCGGCAGCCCCCAGAACGAGGCCAUCCAGCACAGCUCCAUCAGCACCUCCAACGGGGUCAGCUCCUCCUCCGCGACCCCGGCCGCCUCCGCCCCGUCCAGCGCUUCCGCCACCACCACCACUUCAAACCAGAGCACAGAGGAGAGCCAGCCGCGGAGGGGCGCCACCCAGUCUCAGCCUUCAGGGAGUUGAUCGUCUCAAACUGUGCGUUUAAGCGUCAACACUGGAGUGCUGUCGCCUCCUCAAUCCCUCUGACAAACAGAGGAAAGGGAUUCUAUCUCAGCUUCAGUUUGGACCGCACUGUUUUUAAUUUAUUCUUGAUUUUGUUUGUUUAUGAUUGGUCCAUUUUGUCCUGCGUAGGCAAUGCUUUUGAAAAUGCAACGUUUUCUCUGGAAUUGAUGAAGACAAAAGAACAGGCACUUUAGGUGUAAGAUGUAAAACACGUGGUUCUGAGAUGUUUUUGUAUUUGUGUGACUUUAUUUAUUAAUCUUAUAUAUUUUUUUAUUUGAAGGCAGCCUGAAGGUUGAUCAGUGAAUUGUUAGAGACCAUACCAAAGUGUGUUGUGGCUCAUUUCUAAUUAGCUUGCUGGUUUGUUUUCAUGUGUUUUUAUAAGCACUAUCUUUAUGAUGAUGUUACAUAGAGAGCAGUGACUUUUUUUUAAUAAUUUGCUUUUUCCAUUUUGCACAUUUUGAGAGAUGACGGGUUUACAGUCACGUGAAAAAGUAAGUGCGCCCCAAAUAAAUGUGUUUAGACAUGGAGAUAUUUGAGCUUAAUUUGAACAGUGCAUGGAUUGGGAUGGGAUGGUGUGCCAGGAGAAAACCCUUUGCUGUCUGCAAAGCACAUCAAGGCAAGGCUAAAGUUUGCCAAUGAUUAUCUAAGCAAGCACCAGGAUUUCUGGAACAAUGUCAAAGAUACAGUUGUUUGGCAAAAAAUCAAAGACCGCAUUUGACCAGAGGAACCUCAUAGCUACUGUAAAGCAUGGUUGUGGCAAUGUGAUAGUUUUGGGGCUGCUUUUGCUGCCUCGGGACCUGAUCGACUUAUGAUCAUCACCGUCAUACCAGAGAGUGCUUGAGGAGAAUGUGAGGCCAUCUGUUAGGAAGUUAAAAGUGAAGAAGUGGACCUUCCAACGGGAUAAUGAUCCAAAGCACACCAGUAAAUCCACAAAAGAUGGAAUGGCCUAGGCGAAGUCCAGACCUGAAUCAGAUUGAAAUGCUGUCGGUGAUUUGAAACGAGCUGUACAUACAAGAAAGACCUCAGUUGAAAGUUCUGCAUGGAAGAGUGGGCAAAUAUUACUCCCAGUCACCAUCAAAGGCUGGUAGACAAUUAUUGGAAACGUUGACAUGAAGUUGUUUCUGCCAAAUGAGGCAAUACGAGUUACUGAAACCAAACCAAGAUGAAAAUAAUAUCUUUAUUGUGGAAUAAAUUAUUUUCUUUUGUUCAAUUAAGUCUCCUCUUAUCUAUAAAGUUUCAGCGAGGACCAAAUAUUAAUGGGUCCAUAUGUCAAAAAACGUUUCAUGGGGGUGUCUGUAGUUUUUCACAUGACUGCACGUUUUUUUUUUUGGGGGGGGGGAUUUUAAACAGUCCACAUGUUAAGUACUGGCAGCUUUUUAGAAGUAGAUUUGAAUAACACAUUACACAAAUGUAAAUGGCUGAAUCAGAUUUUUAAAUUUGACAACUUUUCUGUGAGAUCAGCUGUAGUUGCAUCGUGCAGUUUGAAUGUUUGUACAAAAUAAAAAAUGAAAAACAAAAGUAAAGAAAUAGUCUUAAGGAGGUGAGCUGGUUAGAAAUGUUUGUUAUUUCAUUAACAUUCCACCUGUAGUCUGAUUGUUCCUGAAGCAGUGAUUGUAGGAUUGCAGUACCUUUUUCCAUUACUCAGUCAUGGUGAUGUUGACUCAGUGCCAUUAAUGUUUUUGUAUAAAUUACAUCUGUACAUUUUUAAUGCAGAUUAGCUUUAGUUGAUCGCUGUUCUCUCAGAUUAAGGGUCUCAUGAACAUAGUUUCUCAGUUUUGAAAAACCUUGCUUUGUAUACUGUCUUUGCUUUAUAAGUGACUGUUUAUGGCUUCAGUGUCUAACGCAGAACACUUAAGGACAUUAUGCUGUUUUCAUGAUUGCAAUUCUAGAGGACGUUUUUAGAAAACAUUGUAAAUAACAUCGAUGAUACAUUGUAUGUGAUCUUUCUAGGUGUUAUGUACUUUGUUUUUUUUUUAUAGAAUAGUCUGGAUUCAGUAGCUGAGCCCUGUUGAUCACAUUAAUGUUGUAAACUGAUCUGAACAAUGUUUCAAUCAUUAGGAUAGGCCUCUCCCGGACUCGAUACAUUGUCAUGUAAGAUUAAAGCAUUCAGAUGUGAACUGGAAUCGCAUCAUAUAUAUUAGAGUAACACUACUACUGCUUGUAAGAAUUGUGAGCAUUUCAUCAUUGAAAUAAUAGUAGGAAGCAAAUCACACCAUUAAGUCAAUUUGCCUUUUUCUCUUAGUCUGUACUGGCUUACUACUGUGUAGUUUUACGAGAAGCUAACACAUUGUUUUAUUAAAGUAUGAUUUUUUUUUAAAUUUUACUGUUAUGUAUUAUCUGCAUGAGAUAAUAAUUCUCCGCGAGAAUUUAACUGUUUAUUCGAUAAUGUCUCAGUCAGAUAAAUAUCAUUAAACAAGUUGUUUCAACUUGAGUUGUGGCUCUGAGUUUAUGGAAGCUUUGGUUAUUUCUUUGACCUCGGCUUAACUGCUAAAAAAAAGGGGGGGUGUGAUACUGUGUUGAAAGUGUACUUGUAACUUGUGAAAGUUCUGUAUAAAGUUUGAAUUGAUAAGUUGUUGUAAUAAACCUUUUAAUAUCUCUUUAAAA